GUUUACUAUUUCCCACCCAAGCUAUUUUUGUGUAUGAGAUGAGGAUACUAACCUGGAAUGUCAAUGGUUUAGCAACCACUAUACAAUAUCAUCCUUGGUCAGAAACCAAGUCUUUUAAGGUAAAUAAAGUAACAAAAAUAAAUCAGAUGUUUAUAUAUGUGUGUGUAUGUGUGUGUUUAGGCCUUGUUAGACACAUUAAAUGCUGACAUUAUUUGGUAAAUUGGAUAAUAGCUUAUAUGAUUCAACUCACAUUGCUAUUAGUCUACAAGAAGUGAAAUGUCAA